UCCUGCGGCGGCCCCUGCCAUGCCGACCCGGGUGGAGGACUACGAGGUGCUGCACACCAUUGGCACCGGCUCCUACGGCCGCUGCCAGAAGAUCCGGAGGAAGAGCGACGGCAAGAUACUAGUUUGGAAAGAACUUGACUAUGGCUCCAUGACAGAAGCUGAGAAGCAAAUGCUUGUUUCUGAAGUGAAUUUGCUUCGUGAACUGAAACAUCCGAACAUCGUCCGUUACUAUGAUCGAAUUAUUGACCGAACCAACACAACACUGUACAUUGUAAUGGAAUAUUGCGAAGGAGGAGACCUAGCUAGUAUGAUUACAAAGGGAACCAAGGAAAGACAAUACUUAGAUGAAGAGUUUGUUCUUCGAGUGAUGACUCAGUUGACUCUGGCCCUAAAGGAAUGUCACAGACGAAGUGAUGGUGGUCAUACUGUGCUCCAUCGGGAUCUGAAACCAGCCAAUGUCUUCCUGGAUGGCAAGCAAAACGUGAAGCUUGGAGACUUUGGGCUGGCUAGAAUAUUAAACCAUGAUACAAGUUUUGCAAAAACAUUUGUUGGCACCCCUUACUACAUGUCUCCUGAACAGGUGAGUCGCAUGUCCUACAAUGAGAAAUCAGACAUCUGGUCGCUGGGUUGUUUGCUGUAUGAACUGUGUGCAUUAAUGCCUCCAUUUACAGCUUUCAACCAGAAGGAAUUAGCUGGGAAGAUCCGAGAAGGCAAAUUCAGGCGAAUUCCAUAUCGUUACUCUGAUGAAUUAAAUGACAUCAUUACAAGGAUGUUAAAUUUAAAGGAUUACCAUCGACCUUCUGUCGAAGAAAUCCUGGAGAACCAUUUGAUAGCAGACUUUGUUGCAGAGGAGCAAAGAAGAAAUCCUGAGAGAAGGGGGCGACAACUAGGAGAACCAGAGAAGUUGCAGGAGUCCAGCCCUGUGUUAAGCGAGCUGAAACUAAAGGAAAUGCAGCUGCAGGAGCGGGAGCGAGCCCUCCGAGCCAGAGAGGAGCGACUGGAGCAGAAGGAACGUGAGCUCUGUGUUCGUGAGAGGCUGGCGGAGGACAAAGUAGCGAGAGCAGAGAGUCUGCUGAAGAACUACAGCCUGCUGAAGGAGCAGCGGCUCCUGUCUCUGGCCAGCGGACCAGAACUUGUUGAUCUUCCAUCCUCGAUAAUUAAGAAGAAAGUUCAUUUCAGUGGAGAGACUAAGGAGAAUGUCAUGAGGAGUGAGAAUUCUGAGAGUCAGCUCACCUCCAAAGCCAAGUGCAAAGACCUGAAGAAAAGGCUUCAUGCUGCCCAGCUGCGUGCCCAAGCCCUGUCAGACAUGGAGAAAAACUACCAUCUGAAAAGCAGACAGAUUCUGGGCAUGCGCUAGCUGAGCGAGCGACACAGAGCUGUGCAUGGUGUUUAAUAUUGCCAGUCCCUUCAGAUUGAUAUUCAACUGCUGUAGCUUGACAUACUUGGUUCUGUGAGCCAUGCCUUUUUGUACAGUAAGCACGAUGUUUUGGAAUCGCCUUUGCUGUUCUUCAGCGAUGAUUGUACAAAAUGUCCACACCUUUAAUUUUUUUUUCUUUUUUAAAAAAACACUUUAGAGAAAGAAUGACACUUUCUUGGUUGGGCUUUUUAAUCCUGUGUGUUGGUUACUACUGGAACAUGAAAUAUUACAUUCUAAAUGUUGGAGAAAAAUAAUGUCAGAAAAAAAUACAUUUACCCAGGAAUAGCGCUUACGGAGGAGUUUUAAAUGACUGAGUGGUGUGCUUGCAAUGGUCACGUCUAGAUUUAAAAUUUUAAGUCUGAGGUUUUAAAUAUUCUAGAGCUUAGAAAACCUAAUUGGAUACAAAAUGGUCACUGGUACCCUGACACAUUGUUUGUAGAUGUCGCUUACAAAUGUCGCGCCGCUCUGCAGUGCUCAUCUGCCACCUUCUGUGGAAAUCAUCACUGAUGCCUGUUCUCUCUCCCUUUUUAUUCUAUCUAACUGUGUGUACGCUGGCUGUCAUUCACUCAUCUCGGUCUCGCUAAAUAAAAGAAUUCUUUGG